GAAGUCAAAAGUUUGAUAAGGUCGAUCCUUCCUGCAUCCAGAUUCCAAGCCAGGAGGCUGGGCUUGAAUCGCAGUUAGAGGAAUUUUAUUUUGACUGGAACACUAAAGCAUUCUCAACAUCUGACAGAUUGAAAAUUAAAGUCCAAGGUGCUUGAGUACAGUUGGAGUUUGUCAAUAUGACUGCCAUUCGUCACACUCUACAGCGUGAUGUGUUCUUACCAAAUGAUGAACGUCUCAUCGGGGUUGUUCAUGUCUCUAAAGCUGGCAAGAAGAAGAAAGUUAGCUUCCUUUGUGCAACAGUGACUACAGAUCAACCAGCACAGGUAUUCCUCCAUAAGGUGAAGAAGACAGAUAAAGAUGCUUUCAAGAAGAGACAGAGUUGGCCACUAGCUGAGCUGAAGAUAUGCGAUGGCAAAGAUUCAAAAACUGAUGUUCCUGAUUUUGACCUCCAUUUUGAGAAGGUUUAUAGAUGGAUAGCAAGCAAUGUAGCUGAGAAGAAUGCUUUUAUUUCAUCACUUUGGAAGUUGAGCCAGAGAUACUUAAAGCAGCUGAAGAAACCAGAUUUUAUUAAUGUCAAGCCAGCCCUCCUGGAAGAAUAUUUAUCAUUGGAGCAAGCAAAGGUAGCUCAAUCAGAGGAUGAACUUAGCAAUGAAGAUUACCAAGCAUUAUCAGGAAGAGAAGAAACAGAUUUAGAGAGGAUGAUGGCUGAAUGUGAAUUUGCUAUUGGCAAUGCGGAGGCUUUCAUUGAACGCUUAGCCAAUGACUUGUCUGUUCUUGAUGGGGCUAACAUCCAUUCUAUCAUAGAGUCUCAGCAGGAGGUUGCUAGACUUAUGUUUCUUCUUGAUGACAGUCUAAGAGAGGUCAAUAAGGUGGAGUCUAGUCUUGAUGAGUAUGACAAGAUGUUAGAGGGUGUGCGGGUCCACAUGGAGAUCAUGGAGCAGAAGGAUUCUAUGAUCCAGAUCCAGAGUCAGAAUCAUGGUCAGCUCCUGACAGCUGUUGAGACAAUCAUGCAGAAGCUGGACAUGCCUCACCAGCAGCAGUUAGCCCUACUAGACAGGGAUCUAGGAUCACCCAAAGGCAUCAUGGACUGUACUGCUGCAGCUCAGGUUCUGCAGGAGAAGAUGGAUGCAGAGCUCUUACCAGGUCUUGGCAAGAUGAGGGCAGUGGUAGAACAAAGAGAACUCUUAACUAAUCUACAAGAGAAAUUUGCACAAAGACUUGCCAUACAUCUCAAUAACAUCUUUAUACAACAGGGUGCAGACAUGAGUGAGAUGAUGCUUACAUUAGGUAAUAGACUGACCCUUCCUAAGCAUUUUACUUUCCAUCGAGAUCUCAUUCCUUAUGCUGAACUCAUGCAGUGGCUUAGAAAGGCAGAUCGCACAAGCUUUCAGCAACUAGGGAAAAUCUACACAGACAACCUGAAGAAGGUCUAUGAGAGGGAGUUAAAGGACUUCUUUGAGAGAGCUAGACAAGCUGUCAUGAUGAAAGGAAAGACAACAGAUAUCAAGAAGUUUGGUCUGAAGGGAGAUAAAGGCAGUGCAACCCCAGAACCAUCCAGGAGUGGGACCAGGACCAAGGCCAGUACCCCAUCACUCCAGGAGUUCUCGGCCAACCUGAAAGCAGCGGAGACAGACCUCAAUGAGAAACAGAAAUUUGACAUGGUUUUCACCCAGCUUCUAAAUGAGAUUCAACCUAUGUGCAACUCAGAGCAAGAUUUCUGUACCAAGUUCUUUGGCUAUGGUUUGGAUACAGAAGGCAUGGAUGCUGAAUACUUCCCUAUGGCUGACCAGGUGGAUGGAGGUACAUUUAGCAGAUACAAGAAACAAGACAACCAUGAGGAAAGGAAAGGAGUUGCAUUUGCAUUAAAUCCUGACCUCAGUGAUGUUGAUGGAAAGAUGACUACGCAUGGAAUGAGGAAGGUUAUGGGAGAGCUAUUCCAGUGUUUAGAGCCAGAAUUCAAGUCAUUCGUUACAUUCUCUGAGAGGAUGGAUAACUUUAAUUCAGUCUACAUGCUUGUGAGAAUUAGCCCUCAUGUGAUGUCUAGUGAAACACAAGCUAAAUCUGCCUCUUACUUCAGUAUCAUCAUGGCCAACUGCCUGGUAGAAGUCAAACGUAACUUUGACAAGUACAUGGACCAUUUGAUUCGCUCUGUAGAGGAAACAAGGAUAUCCAAGAAGAGUAAAUGUGGCAUUCUUCCAUUUGUCAAAGAAUUUGAGACAUUUGCAUGUCAAGCAGAGUCUGUGUUCAAGGGAUCAGACUUACGAGGAAACCUAGACAAGGCUUAUAGUAAGCUGGUCCUGGCCCAGUUUAGGAACAUCCAUAGAGUAGCCCUGGAACAUCAAAAGACACCCAGUGAUGUCAUCAUCUUUGAAAACUUUCAUCAUCUUCAUGAUGUUCUGUCCAGACUGAAGAUUACUUGUCUAGAAUCAGAGCGUAAGGAAGCCAAACAACAGUAUCAGGAUCAUCUACAAUCCUAUGUCAGAGACUCCUUAGGAAGACCAAUGGAGAAGCUCAAUCAUUUCUUUGAAGGUAUUCAGGUGCUUGUAUCUCAGGGAGUGAAGGAAGAAGAGGUUGGUUAUCAAAUCCAGUUCAGCAAACAAGAACUACGCAAGAUCAUCAAGGAAUACCCACAGAAAGAGGUGAAGAAGAAUCUUGAGAGUUUGAUCAAGAAAGUUGAGAAGACUCUUUGUGAAGAAGAGAAUCUUGUCCAGGUUGUAUGGCGAAUGAUGCAGGAGGAUUUCCUCCGUCAGUACAAACACAUAGAGACGAUGAUUGGCCGCUGCUACCCAGGAUCUAAGAUCUCACUGGAAUUCACCAUCCAAGAUGUCCUGCAGUUCUUUACUGACAUUGCCCAAUCUCACUAGACUUCCGUGUGUCCAAGGGUUUAUUUUCAUUUGGUCCAAUGCCAAUUCAUCCCAUUGCCAACUCGUCUACUGUCAUUUGGUCUACCAUCAGUUCAUCU